AUGAAGUUCACCCUCUGCCUCUCCUUACUACUAACUGGUCUUCUUCAAGUCCAUUGUCAUCACAUCCCAGGACAUCAUGAGGAAGAGGAGCACAAUGGAGAUCAAAACCCACCAGAAGCUCAGCCACAGCCUCCAUCAGAAGGGCGGGGAACUGAAACAACCGGCUAUCAAAAGAUAGCCCGGAUAAAUAAUAACUUUGCAUUGAGAUUGUAUAAACUCAUCGCUUCAGAUCCAGCUCAUCAAAAUAUUUUCUUCUCCCCAAUGAGUAUCUCCACAGCCCUUGCCCUGCUGGCUCUGGGCGCUAAAGCUGAGACCCAUCAUCAGAUUUUCAAUGGACUCGGUUUCAACCUCUCAGACCCUGAGGAGAAUGAGAUCCACGGAGCAUUUAAGCUAAUCGUCCACACGCUUAACCAACCCGAUAACAUAACACAGGUGAACAUGGGGAAUGCUUUGUUCAUAGAGGAAUCAAUGCCACUGCUGCCUAAAUUUCAGAAUGAUGUCCAGACCUUGUACGAAGCUGAAGGCUUUCCAAUGAACUUCAAGAACUCUGCGGCAGCAGAAGAUGAGAUCAAUGAUUACGUAAAGAACAAAACGAAUGGGAAAAUCACCCAAGCAGUCGAGGGACUAGAUAAGGAUACUCUAAUGGUCCUUGUAAACUAUAUAUUCUUCAAAGCUUGCUGGGAAAAGCCUUUUGACCAUGUAUUGACCAAGGAAGCAGAUUUCUUUGUUGAUGCAAACACAACAGUGAAGGUCAACAUGAUGUACCGAGAAGGUUAUUAUGGUUUUCUCUAUGAUGAAGACCUGUCUUGUUGGGUGGUGAGAGUGCCUUACAAGGGAGAUUACUCAGCAUGGUUUAUUCUGCCGGAUCAAGGAAAACUGAAGGGUGUGGAGGAUGCUUUGACAAGAGAGAUUUUUAUAAAAUGGAGAUCGUCUUUGAAAAAUGAUGAAAUUAAAUUGUAUAUUCCAAAAUUUACCAUUUCUGAAUCCUAUGAUGUCAAAGAUUUGCUGCAGAAAAAAGGCGUGAAUGAUGUCUUUAAUGAGAAUGCAGAUCUGUCUGGGAUUACUGGACAUCGCAAUCUGAAGGUUUCCAAAGUUGUUCACAAGGCUGUGCUGGAUGUUCAUGAAGGAGGCACUGAGGCGGCAGCAGUCACUGUUGUAGAGAUUGCACUAAUGUCUGCUCGAUUAGAUCCUCCUCCCACCAUCAUAUUCGAGAAACCAUUCAUAAUGGUCAUUGGUAGUAAGCGCUUACAGCACUUUAUCUUCAUAGCAAAAGUUAUGAACCCAACAGCAAAAUAAAU